AUCCCAUUCCAUCUAAUCUUUGGUUUGAAAGGUGCUUAAGAUAAGAUAACCGUUAUCAAGCUAAAAAAAAACAAAAAAGAAAGAUAAGAUAACCGUUAUCCAACACUUUAUCCAAUCCUACCUCUAUUAAACAAAUUUAAUCCCACCAUCAAAACAAUGAGGAAAAAGCCGUUUUAUCUAAAUGCCUUUGAUAAAAUGCCUGUUGGUGAUGAUACCACGGUUGUAGACUCUAAUACAUGUGUUGCAGAUGCGAAUUUAUAUUACUUUGAUAGUGAUGAUCUUAGUGUUUAUGAUUCUGACAUGUCUAAGGAAGAAUUCAUGGUGAUCAAAGAUGCAUUCAAGAAAGCUAUUAGAACAUAUUCUAAAGAAAAGGAUGUGUUUUCAAAUGGUUUAAAAAUGAUUGAGAUUGUCAAAAGCUGCAGUACACAGGGGCACUUUAGAUUUGUUGAAGAGCAAUGCCUCACGCCGCUUAUGCACGCUGCCAACCUCGGCCAUGCCGGUGUAGUUAAGGUGUUACUUGAAGCUGGUGCGCCAUGGAACGCACUUUCUCCAUCAAAUCCCUCCGCUGGUGAUUUCAGGUCACCAAGAUGCAUUUGAAGUCCUCCUAAAUGCUGGUACUUGUGUAAUUUCUGUUCCAUUUGAUUACUCCUUUGUUAUGUGUACUUUUUAAAGUUUGAAAUUUUAAUGAAAUUCAUCAUGAAUU